AUGUAUCGGUCUCUUAUUCCCCAUAUAGAUGUCAUUGCUUCAACAAACCUUAUAGUGCUGCUGGAAGAUGAAGUCUUUGCUGAUUUUUUCAACACAUUUCUGUCUCUCCCAGUAUUUGGUCAAAUGCCAAUUUAUAUAGUUCAUGAUUUACAGUGGACCCUAUGGCCAGAGUUACCCCAUGCUUUGAUUGCCAAGUAUAAAGGCUUAUUGACGUGGUUGGAAAAAUACAGAUUACCUUAUUUCUGCAAGACCAACUUAUGUCACCAUUACAUGCUCUGUAAGGAACUCAUCAGUUUCAUCAAAUCCCCAGAGGGUGCCAAGAUGAUGAGAUGGAAGACAGCAGACCAGUGGCUGCUCUACAAAUGUGUUGGCGGUGUCCGGGGAAUGUGGCGCUUCUGUGCCUACCUCAGUGGCACAGCAGGGGAGGAGCUGGUGGAGUUCUGGAUAAUUGCCGAGAGAAUCCUCGGGAUAGAUGAGACAAAUGAUAAGCAGAAGGACACCUACCUGUCCCUCCUCCUGGUGUUGAAGGCCACUCAUUUGCAGGAAGGGUCCUCUGUGCUGAUUCUUUGCAAUAUGAACAUCAAAUCACUGAUGAACCUCUCUGUGUGGCAUCCCAAACAGUCUACUACCAGAAGGGAAAUCCUGAGCCGAAUGCAGAAAGUGGCUCUGUUUAAAAUCCAGAGCUAUUGGCUCCCAAACUUCUACAUGCACUGCAAAAUCAAUAUGGCCAAGGAGGAAAAGUGCCAGGCUCUGCUGCAGGAGUAUGAAGACCGCCUCUGUCAGGUGGAAGAGGAAGAGGAAGAGGAAGAUGAAGACGAAGAGGAAGAUGUGAACUCCUUGCCAAGUGACCUCCCCCUUAAUAUGAACAUCAGGAGACUUUAUGUGACCCAGAAGCCGUACUGUAGCAAGAAAACCAAGAAAAAGAUGUGGCAGUUCAUUGAACAGGGCACGUGGACAGUUGAACCUGAACUGCCCAUCAUAAACACUUUGCAUCCCCAAAAGAGCAAGUUGCAUGAGAAAGAGUUUGAAGGACUCCCUGAUCUCUUCUCUCCACCAAAACUUGUUGUGCGGAUGGGUGCCCUGAGACCAGUGCGUUUUAAAGACAGUCUGUGUGAUUUAAAGACAAAGGAGAAUGUCAGCUCCACAGCCUGCAAAUCCAGGGGGGAUAAUAAUAAAACCUAUCUGCCCUUUUCCCUAGAAGGAGUCUAUGAGAAGAAAUUCACAGCCAGAUUGCGUCAUGCCACCCCUGUUAUCAACCAACCCUCCCUGAUAUCCCUAAAGAAGGUGAUUCGGAAAAGUUUCUCCUUUGAAUAUCUCCACUGGGCUCUGACUGCCGAUUCCUGUGCAGGGAACCCUUUUGGAGACUAUCUUAAGAGUAAACACUACAAGAUGGAAAACCGUCUCCUGCAUCUCUGGAAGGACCUGGACAACUUCCUGACCAUUUCCAUCAGUGCCAAGAAAGGGGGCAAUCUGCUGUUUCGGCAUACGCUUGGAAAUCGCAUCUGUGAACUCUACCUCAAUGAGGACAAUGGCCCCGUCCUGCCACUCAAACCUCAAACCAUCCAGCAUCUGAAAGAGCUGCUCCCCUCUGGGGAUGUGAUUCCCUGGAUCCCCAAAGCACAGAAAGAGAUAUGCAAGAUUCUUGCUUCCUUGUUUGACGACUUCCUUGAUCUUGAUGACCACUGGUUUCUCAUCUUUGUGUCUCAAACCAAUACCAGUGAAAGCAAGAGACAGAAAGAAAAGGAACACUUGGACAACCUGGAGUAUGUUCUAUUGUGUAAGAGGAUACAGGAAUCCCUGGUGUUGUGCCAGGGCUUGUCCACCCUGGAAGACAUGGAAGCACUCACAGACACACACUGGCAAAUGAUAGCGACGCAGGACCUGAAAAGAGGAGGAUCGCUCCAUUUGGAACUACAGCCUUCAGUGUAUAGGGAAGACACAAGGAAAAUGGGUUUUGAAGAGCUAUGCAGAAAGAACCCAAAGCUAGCCAUAGAGAGAAUGAGUGAAGACUUUAAGAAGUAUUGUGAAAAGAAACCUAUAAUUAUAGGAAAGCCAGUGGAAGCACCUAAGAAGACACCCUCUCGUUUACAAUUACCGAGUACCUUAUCCUUCCUCAAGAAGGGAAGCGGUAUUUUAAGGAAACCCUCACUGAGACCCAGGAGUAUAAUGGAAGUCCUCCAACACCCCAUCCAUUUGGAUUACUUCAAGGAAUUCCUUAAAAUAAACAAGGCUGAGAAUCUGCUGGAUUUCAUCCUUGCCAUGCAGAGGGUCUGCAGUGAAUCCAAUGAGAAAUUACAAAAAUCUCUCAUUGAAGCCAUCAUCAAGACUUUCAUCCACAGUAAAACUAAUGUUGAGGACAUACUACAGUGUGCUGCCCCUAUCCUCAGAGAAAUCUCUCACAUGCGUCGAGUUCCUUUGGCAAUGUUGAUCCAGGCCCAGAACCAAAUGCUGAAAUACCUAGACGAAAAAUGGUUCAAAAUUUACCAAGACAUGUUCCCACCUCGUCUUCAAAUUCAAGUUGUAGAACCUGAGACAAAACAAAAGCUACUGAAAAAGGGAGCAAAGACAAUUAAUCUACAGUUCAGGAAGAAAAAGGUAUGGUACUACUUGAAUGCCAUUAUUAGGAGCAUCUGCAGAUUUCGAAAGGAAAUGAAGAAACCCGCAAGCCGUCGCAAAUUUGAGGAUUUUCUACGUAGGCAAAUGCAUAAUCAUAAGGAAAAUAUAAUUAUAUCAGGGCCAGCCAAACCCACGACCACAACCAACAGUUCUCUCCCCACCAAGCCUGGCUUAGAUGUUGACACGGAAGAGAUAGUUUAUGUAAAACGCCGUAUAUUUGGCCAUAAGAUGAUCAUCAUCAACUUCCUGGUCAACGACUUAAGUUACUUUACUGAAAUAGAGAAAUUCAAUGACCUGGUUUCUUCAGCCUUAGUACUGCAAGUUAACAGGGUCUUCAAUGAAAAUGAUGUUGCAUUGAUGAAAGCCAAAGGAAAUAUUAUCUACAAGCUCUUCCUCGCCUCUGAAAUUCCUCCCAAACUACGGGUGAACAUUUCUGAAAGCAUGAAGGAUGCCAUCCAUAAUACAAUUACAGAUGGGCACCUGGAUCGCUCUGUCUUCCACAGUUCUAUCAUGACAAUUUUCCCUAUUAUUAUGCACUUCUGGAAAAAGUACUGUAACUGGAGGGCAAAGCAUAUCUACUUUCAUUAUUCAGGAAUGAAAAGCAAGGAAGCCUCCCCUGUUGGUACCAUGUCUCCUAAACAGCCUCAGUGGAGUGGGGGGGACCAUGUCAUCCUGAGAUUUUCUCUGUUCAAGGGCAUUGAGUGGCUGCUGCCUCAGCCCCGGGAAGAUGCGGAGAGUCCAGCUAUGUUAUCUUCAUCUAGCAGCAUGUCCCAGAAGAAAAAAGGGACAGGCAUCUUCCAAUCAGCAGGAGAUAUGGGAAAGGAAGAAGAGAAUCUUACCAGCAAGAGUGAAAGAGAAGAAAAGAGCAAAAGAGGGUUCUUGAUGCCUUUGGAAUUUCAGGUCAGAACUGGGGUGCUUGGCAGUGACCCCUGGCAUAAGCAAGAAGGGACAUGGGGCACCAGCCUGGGAAUGGAAGGGAUGGGCUGGUCUGAGUGCAGAUGGAGAGAGAGACCUAAACAGAACUAUGGGCAGUAG